AUGGCAACCGAGAAGAAUCCAGUUCAAGAGCUCGAGCAGCUUCGAGACCUCAUCAAUUCUUCUAUAGAUAUUAUCAAGAAGAACGUUACUGAGAAUGGAGAUCCUCCUCUGACAUUGAAGACCAACGAACCCCAUCCGAUCUACAGCAGGAAUGACCCCCAUUUGGCACAAGCUCUGAGGACUGUUUCGUCCUCGGCGCAGAUGCUCAGGGCUCUCCUUGAUCCGAACACCUUCCUCAACGAUAUCAUAUACGGAUAUCAUGAUGAGACCGCUCUUCUGGUCGCCUGUCAAGCGGAUGUCCCCAACUUGAUCGGCGACACCGACCGUCAUAUAGACGAAAUUGCUGCUCAGGCGGGUUUGAAUGCUGACAAACUCGGCCGUUUCUUGAGGAACCUGUGCAACUCAUACAUCUUCGAAGAGACAGCACCGAACAGGUUUGCUAACAAUGCACUCUCUGCGAGGUUCAAACCUGAAGGAAAGAGAGCAAUUGUCGGGCAUUGCGCCGACGAAGCUCGCGUUUCCUCAUGCAAGUCAUGGGAAGCACUUACCCUUCCUGAGUACAAGGACUCCACGGAAGCAAACAAGGCUCCUUUCAACAUUGCCUACAAUACGUCGCUCACAUACUUCCAGUAUGUUGCGACUGAAAGACAGGAUAUAGGAAUAAGGGCGAAGAAGGCCAUGGCCGGGAAAGGAUUCAAUCUUGGUCAAUACCUCAGCUUGUACCCCUGGGGAUCUCAGAAAGGCGCCAAAAUCGUAGAUGUCGGGGGUGGAAUUGGGGCCGCGACGUUCCCCAUCCUUCAAGCCAACCCGGACCUACGACUGACGGUGCAGGAUAUUCCGGAUACUGGACCUGAGUUCCAAAAGAACCUUGAACAAAACUUCCCUGACAUCUUGAAGUCGGGUCGUGCGGAGUUCAUGGAACUGGACUUCUUCAAGUCCGCCCCUGUUAAGGGUGCGGAUAUCUACUUCCUGCGCCAUGUCAUUCACGACUGGCCGGACGCAGAAGCCAUCAAGAUCCUUAGUGGCUGUACUUCCUCGAUGUCUGCACAGAGCAAGCUGCUAAUUUGUGAGCACGUUGUCUGUCCCACAUAUCGGUCCGCAGAUGACAGCACCACAGCCGAGAAAGGAUCUAACAGCGAGCCACACUUCGUAGCACCUGAGCCGUUGUUGGCAAACUGGGGAGACGCACCCACCAGCAGGCUAGAUCUGCAGGUAUACACAUGUUUGAACGCCAAGCAGCGGACGAAGCUUGAAUAUCAGGCUCUAGUCCAGCAGGCAGGCCUGAAACUGGUCAAAGUGUGGCGCAACUUGGGAGAUGAGACCAUCCUUGAAUGUCUGCUUCGCUGA